UACGUUUUAGUGUGUUUUGAGGUCAGUUUCUCGUUGCCUGUGGACCGAAGGACCAUGAUACAAAAAUAACUUACAGAAUCCAAGUUUCAUCGAACUCACUGUCACGUAAACUAUUUAUUGAACCCAUUCCGCUCUUCCCCAUAACAUUUAAAAAACAAUUUUCAACAUGUCGCUAAGCUGUCGACUACUUUGUGGGUUCUUUUUGAGUGUGAUCGGAUGGAUUGGAAUUAUAAUUGCGACCUCUACAAAUGACUGGGUGGUGACAUGCCAGUAUGGAAUACAGACCUGCAGAAAGUUGGACAAGUUGGAGUCUAAAGGCUUAUGGGCAGAAUGCGUUAUUUCUGCAUCUCUUUACCACUGUGAAUCCUUGAAUCAGAUUCUUACGCUGCCUGCGUAUAUUCAGAUUUCUCGCGCUCUGAUGAUCUCUGCCUCCCUCCUUGGCCUCCCGUGUAUGAUGCUCGUGCUGUUGGCGAUGCCGUGCGUCAAGCUCAACCACGAGACAGAAAGCACCAAGCGCAGGCGCGCCAUCACGGGAGGGGUCCUAAUACUCUUGAUGUCUGUAUGUGGAAUGGUGUCUACUGUGUGGUUUCCAGUCGGAAUUCAUCACGAGGACGGCUUGAUGUCAUUUGGGUUCUCCCUGUAUGCUGGCUGGUUGGGUUCUGCCCUUUGUCUCCUGGGGGGUUCUCUUGUGAUGUGCUGCUCAGGGGAGGACGCUGCAGCCCGGCACCAUGAGAACCGCUUCUACUACUCCAAACAGAGCGGCCUGAGCAACUCCAUCCAGGCCUCGAACAGCCAUGCCAAAAGCGCCCACGUCUGAGAGCAGAGACACAGGCUGGAACAGACUUCAAACAGAUUCACAGAUUCACGUCUGAAGGCAGGGAAUGUUCUGUCACUCCCUCUACCUUUCACACUUGCAUACACAGGCAUAUGUUCACACACACACACACACACACACACACACACACACACACACACACACACACAGAAGGAAAGCAUGUGCGAUUUUCCAUAGCCGUGGUUUCACUGCAACCACCUGAACACCUAGAAAACCCAUUUUACCUUUUUAUUCCACUCUGGACGCGUUCAACCAUCAGUGUCCUCUAUAAUGCUUCUUUCUAAUCUUUUUAUAAGCUUUUUACUAUGUUCAUCUUUUGAUUGUAUUCAUUUACGAUAGUCCUACAAAGUUUGUUUUAUGUGUAUCGCAGACUGCCCUUGUAAGAAGAUGUUAGUCAUGGGAUUUUAUUUGUUCUACCUGGUCAUAUGACAGAGAGAUAGUCAAACUGCAGGCAGGCAGGAAGCUGGAGGUGCUAGGAGGCCAGUUGUCUUCUCUCUGUUUUUUCCUGCAAAGCUCUUCCCUCCAUCCUGCUCAGGAUCCCUCAGGAAAUCUGUGAACCCAAAGAGAAAAUAUUCAUUAGUUAAACCAAUUAAUGCCUCAUUCUCUCGCAUGUGGUCUGUUAACUCAGUUAUGUCUGUCACAUUUAAUGAAUUCUUGAUGUUCAUGCUGGACAAUAUUCAAAAGAGCGUAGAGAGUAAUGCACUGUUUGGGAUCAAUUCUAACCAAAUUAGGUCUGAACUGGCUGCAGGACUAAUAGCAGGACUAAUAUCUAUUUUGUUUACCCAUGCUAAAAAAAUGAAUACAUCCCAUAGGGCAUGCAUUCACCACACACACACACACACACACACACAGAGAAUAGCGUAAAGUGAGCAUAAAUUGUAGAAUGAAUAAAUAAAGUAAAUAAAAAUAAUAAUUUUAAUUAAUUUGAAAUAUGCAUUGUUCAACAAAAUCACUCUGGAUCUAAGUAUAUUUACACACUUUUUAUUUUGAGACAAAAGUUAUACGCAUAGCUGAAUCUAAAACAGGAACAAAGACAUACAGAUUCGAACAGCUGGGGGAGGGAACCACAGCAGUAAAAUAUUCUGCAAACCACAAUAUAAAUAACAUGAUAUUAAUGUUGUGGAAUAUUUUGAAAAGGUUUUGUAUUAUUUGUUCAGCCAUGCCAGUCAUAUUUCUGUACACUGACCUCUUAAAACAAGACAGCCGCAUGAAUGUUGUUAUGAAGUACAGGCAUCUUUAGAAAAGAUAAACUUGCAUUGCUUUUUCUUUUCAUAUAAAAUAAGGAAAAACAAAA